AUGGCUAAGGGUGCGCGCUCAAGUUCCACCAAGGCAAAUAAUUCCGCCUUGAAAGCCAAAGUAUUUGGCCCCGUCGAAAAUGCAAGAGCUGAGAGAUUGAAUGCAAAACUCAUGGAAUUGAUCUCUCAACCAAAGCCAUCAGCGAAGACCGAAGAUGUUGAUAUGGAAGGGAAGGAAGCAAAGGACGUAGAGGCAUCUGCAAAAGAUACGACGAACGAUGUCGCAGCAGCUCAAGAAAAGCCAUCCGAAAAGAUGGAGGUAGAUGCUAUUAGCAAGGUCGGCUCAAAGUCAAAGAACCGUAUUUCGAAGAGAAAAGUUAGCAGUCGCAAAUCGCAAAUGACCUUCACUACAUACAAGAAUGGAAAGAAAGUAGGAGGAGGUAGAAAGCAAAAGAUCUAUUAA